AUGGCAGAAAAGAAACAGGCUGACAGAUUGGCAGCCUUAGCUAGAGCGCAGGUUAAUGUGCAAAAUGUCGGGCAACAAGCAUUGCAUCCAAAUCCUGAGGACGAAGAUGUAGGAUAUGAGGAGUUGCUAAAUCCUGGUUACCCAAGUUGUGAUGUAGUUGAUGUUGAAUCGGAAGAAAGUGGUCUAGUGGAAUCUGAGAAGUUGGAUAAUUCUACUGAUGCUCCGGAUAAAGACAAACAGAAGCAGAAAGAGGAAAAGGCAGAUCCAGGAGCAUUUACCAUCUCGUGUACUAUUAGGUCCCUGCAUUUCACAAAAGCACUAUGUGAUUUGGGAAACAGUAUAAAUCUAUUGCCACUUGCUGUGUACAAGAAACUGGGUUUGGGGGAUACUACCCCGACGAACAUACGAUUGGUGACCACAGAUAGGUCUGUAAAGCGGCCUGUGGGUAUAUUACACGAUGUAUUAGUAAAGGUGGCCAACUUCAUUCUGCCUACUCAUUUUGUAGUUCUGGACCAUGAGGCGGACUUUGAAGUGCCCAUUAUUUUAGGUAGAUCAUUCCUUGCAACUGGGAGAGUGAUAGUGGAUAUGGAACUGAAUGCGCUGAAGUUCAGGUUCAGUGACAAGGAAGAAAGAUUCAAAAUACACUCAUCCAUGACACCGGCAUAG